AUGUCCCCUCCUGGUCCUACCCAUGACACUGGCCCAUCAACAUCCACCCACCUACACUACCUAAGGCAAUGCAUCUCGCUCGCGCGCCUCUCCCCGCCCAAACCCACCAACUUUCGCGUCGGCUGCGUGAUUGUCUCGUUCCCAGCCGUCGACUCCUCCCGCACCGGUACAGGCACGGGCACAAACGAUGAGGAUGCUCUUCCGAAAGGCGACGUUCUCUCCACGGGCUUUACGCUCGAACUCGAAGGCAACACCCACGCCGAGCAGAAUGCACUGACGAAGCUGGCGCGGGAUUACGAGGAUAGAGAGCAUACGCAGGGGAAGGAACAGGAACAGGAACAGGAGCAAAAACCCGGCGGCCUAGGCGCGGUAUUGACACCAGAGCGGAACGUGCACCUGUACACGAGCCUCGAGCCGUGCGGGCUGCGUCUCAGCGGCGCGACGCCGUGCGUGCAGAGGAUCAUCGCCACGCGCGAGGGCAACCCGGACGGCGGGAUCAGGAAGGUCGUCUUCGGGGCGCGCGAACCGGGGACCUUUGUCCAGGACAGCCAGGCGCUGAGGAUGCUCGACGACGCGGGCGUCCCGUGGGAGCACGUCGCCGGGUUGGAGGCCGACAUCCUGGGCGUCGCCAAGGAGGGGCAUCAUGGUGCGUCUGUUUCUGUGUCUGGGCGCGCUGGAGCGGCGGACGGGGGAAGCGUUGCGACCGCCGCCGUCGUAAACACACCAGCACCGGUAACGAACGUGGACGGCAUAUCGCCCGAAGAGAGAAAACGGCAGGAACAGCAGCCGCGGAAUCCGAAGAAGAGGAUGAUGGAGGUGGACUUGUCGCGGUGA